AUGACAAAUAGAUCAACGUCAAUCGGCCGAAUGAGCAGUCGUGUUGGAAUACAGGCUAUGGCCUCGUUGCAGGAUGUUGCUGCGCAGCCUCCUCAACUGAGGCCGCCUUCGCAUUGCUACCUGGAGAACAGCCUGGAGCAGUUGCCGCCACUGCACCAGCUCAUUCCGAAUCCGGCAAUGACGUGGCCAUUCGAGUUGGAUACUUUCCAGAAACAGGCGAUUCGCUGUCUCGAGCGAAAGCAGUCCGUCAUUGUGGCUGCCCCAACCUCGGCUGGCAAGACAGUGGUUGCUGAAUAUGCCUGCAGCAUGUGCAGGCGCCGCAGAACCCGCGCCAUCUACACAAGCCCUUUAAAGGCGCUGUCAAACCAAAAGUUCCGUGAUUUCAGGCAGAUAUUCGGCGAUGAUGUGGGCAUCAUAACCGGCGACACCAAGGUCGCAACCAAGUCGACAAUCCUAAUCAUGACAACCGAGAUUCUACUCAACACGGUGUACACCAACAAUGGCACCAUGAACGACCUCGACGUCGUCAUUAUGGACGAGCACACGAAAGCGGCUAAGUUGAUAAAACUCACGGAAGAGUUAAGUGCUCCAGACAUUCCUCUUGGUCGUCAUUGUGGUGACCUCGUUGGUCACAUGGGCCUUGUCCACAGAAACGUUCGACGCGUGUGGGCAAUUGAGAACAUUCGUGAAGACGCGAAAACCACACGAGCUGAACUUCUGACGGAACAGAAGGCCCGCGUGAAUGUCCUCAAGGAGCUCGGCUUCCUGCACAAGACGCCUUCACCAUCGGGGUGUCUAACACGAAAGGGCAUAGCAGCGUGUGAAAUUCACCAGAUGGGCGUGUGUGUGACGGAGAUCGUCUUGGGCGGGUCCUUCACGCACCUACCACCUGUCGACGUGGCCGCCCUGCUAUCCUGUUUCGUGUGUGAGUCUGGAAUGCAGGCGAUACAUGAUCCACCCAUUCCAGACCACCUGAAGAAGGCUGUUGAGGAUAUGACGGAGAAGGUGAAUCAGCUUGAGCAAUUGCACGCCAACUUCGGAGCAUACAUGAGUACAGACGACGUAAAAAUGCGUACGGAUCUAGUGGGAGCUACGUACGCAUGGGCUUGCGAUGGUGCCUUCUCCGUCAUCGUCGACAGGACAGGCGUUCCAGCAGGUCAUCUGCUUCAGGCCUUCAAGCGACUCUGUGAGUUGCUGAGCCAGAUCUGCAGUGCUUGUCAUCGUAUCGGUGAUGACAUCCUCGCGUCAUGCAUGAAGGCUGCGCGCGACACCAUCCACCGCGGCUUGCUCUGCACACCGUCGCUGUACGUCGUGCAUCACAAUCAGUGA